AUGCAGUGCAUGCUGUGCCGGGGCCGCGCCACAGCGCCUCAGCCUCAGGGGAAACAUGUCUCCUGUAGGACACCCCCAAACAUCACCGCCUACCCAGCCGCCCACACUCCCUGCAUGCCGGGACGCGCCGCAGCGCCUCAGCCUCAGGGGGAACGUGUCUCCUGUGGGACACCACCAAACAUCACCGCCUGCCCAGCUGCCCACACUGCAUGCAUGCCGGGCCGCACCGCAGCGCUCCAGCCUCAGGAGGAACGUGUCUCCUGUGGGACACCACCAAACAUCAUUGCCUGCCCAGCCACCCACACUCCCACAAUGUCGGGCUGCGCCACAGUGCCUCAGCCUCAGGGGGAACGUGUCUCCUGUGGGACACCCCCAAACAUCACGGCCUACCCAGCCGCCCACACUCCCUGCAUGCCGGGCCGCGCCACAGCGCCUCAGCCUCAGGGGAAACAUGUCUCCUGUAGGACACCCCCAAACAUCACCGCCUACCCAGCCGCCCACACUCCCUGCAUGCCGGGCCGCCCCGCAGCGUCUCAGCCACAGGGGGAACGUGUCUCCUGUGGGACACCACCAAACAUCAUUGCCUGCCCAGCCACCCACACUCUCUGCAUGCCGGGCCGCGCCGCAGCGCCUCAGCCUCAGGGGGAACGUGUCUCCUGUAGGACACCCCCAAACAUCACCGCCUACCCAGCCGCCCACACUCCCUGGAUGCCGGGCCGCGCCACAGCGCCUCAGCCUCAGGGGAAACAUGUCUCCUGUAGGACACCCCCAAAUAUCACCGCCUACCCAGCCGCCCACACUCCCUGCAUGCCGGGCCGCGCCGCAGCGCCUCUGCCUCAGGGGGAACGUGUCUCCUGUGGGACACCACCAAACAUCACCGCCUACCCAGCUGCCCACACUGCCUGCAUGCCGGGCCGCGCCGCAGCGCCUCAGCCUCAGGGGGAACGUAUCUCCUGUGGGACACCCCCAAACAUCACCGCCUACCCAGCCGCCCACACUCCCUGCAUGCCGGGCCGCGCCACAGCGCCUCAGCGUCAGGGGAAACAUGUCUCCUGUAGGACACCCCCAAACAUCACCGUCUACCCAGCCGCCCACACUCCCUGCAUGCCGAGCCGCGCCGCAGCGCUCCAGCCUCUGGGGGAACGUGUCUCCUGUGGGACACCACCAAACAUCACCGCCUACCCAGCCGCCAACACUCCCUGCAUGCCGGGCCGCGCCGCAGUGCCUCAGCCUCAGGGGGAACGUGUGUCCUGUGGGACACCCCCAAACAUCACCGCCUACCCAGCCGCCCACACUCUCUGCAUGCCGGCCCGCGCCACAGUGCCUCAGCCUCAGGGGAAACAUGUCUCCUGUAGGACACCCCCAAACAUCACCGCCUACCCAGCCGCCCACACUGCCUGCAUGCCGGGCCGCGCCGCACCGCCUCAGCCUCAGGGGGAACGUGUCUCCUGUGGGACACCACCAAACAUCACCGCCUUCCCAGCUGCCCACACUGCCUGCAUGCCGGGCCGCACCGCAGCGCUCCAGCCUCAGGGGGAACGUGUCUCCUGUGGGACACCACCAAACAUCACCGCCUGCCCAGCUGCCCACACUGCCUGCAUGCCGGGCCGCACCGCAGCGCUCCAGCCUCAGGAGGAAUGUGUCUCCUGUGGGACACCACCAAACAUCAUUGCCUGCCCAGCCACCCACACUCCCUACAUGUCGGGCUGCGCCACAGCGCCCCAGCCUCAGGGGGAACGUGUCUCCUGUGGGACACCCCCAAACAUCACCGCCUACCCAGCCGCCCACACUCCCUGCAUGCCGGGCCGCGCCACAGCGCCUCAGCCUCAGGGGAAACGUGUCUCCUGUGGGACACCACCAAACAUCAUUGCCUGCCCAGCCACCCACACUCCCUGCAUGCCGGGCCGCGCCACAGCGUCUCAGCCUCAGGGGGAACGUGUCUCCUGUGGGACACCACCAAACAUCAUUGCCUGCCCAGCCACCCACACUCCCUGCAUGCCGGGCCGCGCCGCAGCGCCUCAGCCUCAGGGGGAACGUGUCCCCUGUAGGACACCCCCAAACAUCACCGCCUACCCAGCUGCCCACACUCCCUGCAUGCCGGGCCGCGCCACAGCGCCUCAGCCUCAGGGGAAAUAUGUCUCCUGUAGGACACCCCCAAACAUCACCACCUACCCAGCCGCCCACACUCCCUGCAUGCCGGGCCACGCCGCAGCGCCUCAGCCUCAGGGGGAACGUGUCUCCUGUGGGACACCACCAAACAUCACCGCCUGCCCAGCUGCCCACACUGCCUGCAUGCCGGGCCGCACCGCUGCGCCUCAGCCUCAGGGGGAACGUGUCUCCUGA